GUUGCCAGGGCGACGGGAGCUCCCAAGAACCGCUGGUACUGGCGAUUGGCGACUUGAGAGAGAGUUUCCAGUUGCGGGCUUUGGCGGCUGGGGUCGUCCUCUCGGGACCUCCAGGAUGUUCUUUUACCUGAGCAAGAGAAUUGCCAUUCCCAAUAACGUGAAGCUGAAAUGUAUAUCUUGGAACAAGGACCAAGGAUUCAUAGCGUGUGGUGGUGAAGAUGGAUUACUGAAAGUUUUGAAAUUAGAGACACAGACGGAUGAUGCAAAAUUGAGGGGUCUUGCAGCUCCUAAUAACCUUUCUAUGAAUCAGAAUCUUGAAGGUCAUAGCGGUUCUGUUCAAGUUGUCACAUGGAAUGAGCAGUAUCAAAAGCUGACUACCAGCGAUCAGAAUGGGCUCAUCAUUGUUUGGAUGUUUUACAAAGGGUCUUGGUAUGAGGAAAUGAUCAACAACAGGAAUAAGUCAGUGGUUCGGAGCAUGAGCUGGACGGCCGACGGCCAGAAGAUCUGCAUCGUGUACGAGGACGGCGCAGUGAUCGUGGGCUCCGUGGACGGGAAUCGCAUUUGGGGAAAAGACCUGAAGGGUGUACAGUUAUGGCAUGUAGCAUGGUCCGCAGAUAGUAAAGUCUUACUUUUUGGAAUGGCAAAUGGAGAAAUACACAUUUAUGACAGUCAAGGGAAUUUUAUAAUGAAGAUGAAGCUGAACUGUUUGGUGAACGUCACGGGAGCGAUCAGCAUCGCGGGGAUCCAGUGGUACCACGGCACGGAAGGCUACGUGGAGCCCGACUGCCCCUGCCUCGCCAUUUGUUUCGACAACGGGAGGUGCCAGAUAAUGAGACACGAGAAUGACCAGAAUCCCGUUUUGAUCGACACCAACAUGUGCGUCGUGAGCAUCCAGUGGAACCACACGGGCAGCGUGCUGGCUGUGGCGGGCUCCCAGCGGGCCGCCGCCCAGGAGGGCGACGCCAACAUCGUGCAGUUCUACACGCCCUUUGGCGAGUCUCUAGGCACGUUGAAGGUUUCUGGAAAGCAGAUCUCCGCACUGUCUUGGGAAGGAGGCGGGCUGAAAAUCGCACUAGCUGUUGAUUACUUUAUAUACUUUGCAAACAUUCGACCUGAUUAUAAGUGGGGUUAUUGCUCAAAUACUAUAGUUUAUGCUUAUACCAGACCCGAUCGUCCAGAGUACUGCGUUAUAUUUUGGGACACAAAAAACAAUGAGAAAUAUAUUAAAUAUGUGAAGAGUCUCAUUUCUAUUACAACCUGUGGAGAUUUCUGCAUUCUGGCUACGAAAGCUGAUGAAAAUCACCCUCAGGAGGAGAACGAGAUGGAAACAUUUGGUGCAACGUACGUGCUGGUUCUCUGCAACUCUAUCGGAACGCCUUUGGACCCCAAGUACAUUGAUAUUGUACCAUUAUUUGUUACAAUGACCAAAACCCACGUGAUCGCAGCUUCAAAAGAAGCAUUUUACACCUGGCAAUAUCGCGUGGCAAAGAAGCUCACGGCUCUGGAAAUUAAUCAGAUGAUGCGGUCUCGAAAAGAAGGAAGAGAAAGGAUUUAUCAUGUUGAUGAUACUCCUUCUGGAUCAGUGGAUGGGGUGCUUGAUUAUAGUAAAGCCAUUCAAGGCACAAGGGAUCCAAUUUGUGCCAUAACUGCAUCUGAUAAGACGCUGAUUGUGGGUCGUGAAUCUGGCAUCAUUCAGAGAUACAGCCUUCCUAAUGUUGGUUUGAUUAAAAAAUAUUCCCUGAAGUGUCGAGCCAACCAGCUGUCGCUGAAUUGCAACUCCAGUCGUCUUGCUAUCAUAGACAACUCAGGAGUGCUGACGUUCUUUGACUUGGACGUGCCGGUGACAGACAGCACGGGACAGCAGGUCACUGGCGAGCUGCUAAAACUGGAGCGCAAAGAUGUCUGGGAUAUGAAGUGGGCCAAAGAUAAUCCUGACUUGUUCGCAAUGAUGGAGAAGACAAGGAUGUACGUGUUCAGAAACUUGGAUCCCGAGGAACCCAUUCAGACUUCUGGAUAUAUUUGUAACUUUGAGGACUUAGAAAUUAAAUCUGUUUUGUUGGACGAGAUACUAAAGAACCCAGAACACCCAAACAAGGAUUACAUAGUUAACUUUGAGAUUCGGUCCCUGCGAGAUAGUCGAGCACUGAUCGAGAAGGUUGGCAUUGAAGAUGCAUCCCAGUUCAUCGAGGACAACCCACACCCCCGACUGUGGCGCCUGCUGGCGGAAGCAGCCCUUCAGAAACUGGACUUGAACACGGCGGAGCAAGCAUUCGUGCACUGCAAAGACUACCAAGGCAUCAAGUUCGUGAAGCGCCUGGGCAACCUCCAGAGCGAGUCCAUGAAGCAGGCGGAGGUCGCCGCCUACUUUGGCCGGUUCGAAGAGGCUGAGAGGAUGUACCUCGAUAUGGACAGAAGAGAUCUCGCUAUAGGCCUCCGGCUGAAGCUGGGAGACUGGUUCAGGGUCCUCCAGCUCCUGAAGACUGGAUCCGGUGAUGCCGAUGACAGUCUCCUUGAACAGGCCCACAAUGCCGUCGGGGACUACUUUGCUGACCGACAGAAGUGGUUGAAUGCUGUGCAAUAUUACGUGCAAGGCCGAAACCAGGAACGCUUAGCCGAGUGCUACUACAUGUUAGAAGAUUACGAGGGAUUGGAGAAUCUUGCCAACUCACUUCCAGAAAACCACAAGUUACUUCCAGAAAUAGCACAAAUGUUUGUGAGGGUUGGAAUGUGUGAACAAGCCGUGAGUGCAUUUUUGAAAUGCAAUCAGCCCAAGGCAGCGGUAGACACCUGCGUGCAUCUCAACCAAUGGAACAAAGCUGUUGAAUUGGCUAAAAAUCAUAGUAUGAAAGAAAUUGGACCCCUGUUAGCGAGGUAUGCAGCUCACUUAUUAGAAAAGAAUAAAAUUCUUGAUGCCAUAGAGCUCUACCGGAAAGCCAAUUACUUCUAUGAUGCUGCUAAACUGAUGUUUAAGAUCGCAGAUGAGGAGGCGAAGAAAAGAGCCAAGCCUCUGCGCGUGAAGAAGCUGUACGUACUGUCAGCUCUGCUCAUAGAGCAGUACCACGAGCAGAUGAAGAGUGCCCAGCGCGGGAAAGCUAAGGGGAAGGGUUCGGAGGCCACGUCGGCUCUGGCUGGUCUGCUGGAGGAAGAGGUUCUGUCCACCACCAGCCGGUUCACGGACAACGCGUGGAGGGGGGCCGAGGCCUACCACUUCUUCAUCCUCGCCCAGAGGCAGCUCUACGAGGGCUACGUGGACACUGCCCUGAAGACAGCUCUUCACCUGAGAGACUAUGAAGACAUUAUCCCCGCCGUUGAGAUCUACUCCCUGUUAGCGCUCUGUGCGUGUGCCAGCAGAGCUUUUGGUACUUGUUCGAAAGCUUUUAUCAAGCUGGAGUCUCUAGAGAGCCUCAGUGCAGAACAGAAACAGCAGUAUGAAGAUCUCGCUCUAGAAAUCUUCACCAAGCAUACUCCAAAAGAUAACAGGAAGUCGGAGCUGGACAGCCUUCUCGAAGGAGGGGAAGGGAAACUUCCCACCUGCGUGGCCACCGGAAGCCCCAUCACGGAGUACCAGUUCUGGAUGUGCGGCGUGUGCAAGCACUGCGUGCUGGCCCAGGAGAUCAGCAACUACACCUUCUGCCCCCUGUGCCACAGUGCGGUGGGGUGACGGGGGACGAGCUGGGGGCCCCGUAAAAUAUGUGUAGCGUACAUGCACAGCUAUAACUAUGUUAUAUAGUACUUUAUAUAAUUUUGUGUUAAACUAUGACGAUGAAGUAAUGAUGCUGAUUUUCAUAUAAAACGUAUGGAAGUCAACCUUAUUUCAUGUCUGUCUAUCUAUCUAGUGGUUGGUUACAUAAUAGUGUGGAAAUACUCUGAAGAAGAAAUUUUUUCUCACAGUAUCAGUGCUCCUAAUUCACUGAAAAAUCUUGGUGGGGGGAUAGGGGCAGCAUGGGAGUGGGGCGAAGUUGUAACAAAGAAGUUAAACGGUUUGCUUCAAGUCCAGACUUAGCCGUGGACGUCUUGAGCCUCUCCUGACGUGCCCGCUGGGAACUGUCCUUCGGCGCCGUCUCAUUGCCACUCACUCCGUGAUGCCUGAGCGCCGGGACCUUGCCUCCAGCUGAUUGUUUCAGAUGGAGCUGAGUUGCUGUCCCUGCUUCUUGUUCAGUGUAACGUGGAAACCAAAAUCUCUGAAAUAACCUCGUGUGCAUUGUAGACUUAAUUAUCGCACACGUCGGGCAUGCCUUUUCUGCUGUUGUGAAAGGUUGUGGUUGUUGUCUGGGAUUUGUGUCUGUGAAAGUUUCAGUGAUCUGUCAUGUCUUGGGGACCUUGUCUGUCUUGAAAAUGGUACUAGAGAAAGGCCAAAGACCCACGGUAUGAAUUGACCCAGCUGGUUUUGUAUGUGAAGGAAAUUUGAGAACAACACCAGCAGACUCUCCCGUAGUGAAACAGCAAAGGGAAGCAAAUACUUGGAGAGACGUUGGAAAGAAGCAGUGUCCUGAAGGUGGCGUAUGAAACAGUUCUCUUCUUGAAAUCAACAGGAACUGAUUCCCUUUAAGUAAUGCUGAGUUGUUCUUUAUCAUAGACCUUGGUCUGAAUCAUGCUACGUUUCAGAAGCGUGGCGGGCCAGAGUACCGAGAUGGCAGACCCUGCUGGGAGCGCUGCCUGAGCGAGCGCUGUGCCCAACCAGCCGCAGAGCGCCGUUGGCCCGCCCGCUGUCGUCGUGCCCAGAGGCUGACCUUAUCGUGCACGGUUUCUCUAAAGUACACUCGGAAACUACAUGUUUAUACUUCAGGGGAUGAGACCUUAGGUUUAACGUGGCAUUAAGUGAAAUAAUAUGAAAACGAUAGGUGGUGAAGUAAGAAAAAGACUUGUAUUUAUCUUGUUUCCUUUAUUAAAACUUACAGAUAACACGGUAUUUGUUUUGUUGAUUUAAAUGUUUUGGUGGGGGUUGGGUAGGAGGGUGUUGGACCGUAGAGUGGGUAAGGAGAGGAAGGGUCAGGCGGUACAGUGAAUGUAUAAUAUCACUUUUGCUACCAAAUGGGAAAAACAACCACCACCAUCUAUAAGGUACUGGGCACGUGCCAGAGGACCUCGGGUAGAGUGAAUUACUCCUUAGAGGUCACACAGAGUUCUCAUUUAGAAAUGGGGGGAAAACUACAUUGCUCAACUUUUAGGAGAAAAUCAAGAGUAUUUAAUUCAAUGAUAUAGCUCCAAGAUAUUGCCACUGAGUUUCUAAAAGGCAAAUAGCAAUAUUAUGGCUGUCCCCUUGUGAAUGCUUAUUUUGUCAAUUCAUUUUUUUAAAGAAAUGAAUACCCACUAUAUUGGUUAAAACUGACAAAUGUUGGUGAGGAUAUGGAGCAAUCGAAGCCCUCGUACGUACAGUUGCUGGUGAAAAUGCAAAAUAGGACACCAACUUCAGAAAUGUUGAGAUUUAGAAGUGCUGUAUACUGGAAAUAUACAUAUGUAACUGUAUAUGUGUAUGUAUGUGCAUGUAUAUGUAUGUGUAGCUUUAAAAAUUAUUUUUAUUUUACUUUAUUUUUCACUGCUCCAGUUAACCAAAUGGAAGUGUUAUUGAGGCCCCAGGUGCCUGGGGCUCAGGUAGGAGGCUGCCCUGUUGGGGAAGGAGGGGCCUUAUUUGACUUUUUUCUUGGGCUCUCAGGUGUUGGUGUGGCCACACUUCCUCCUGUGGCAGCUGAGCGCAUGAGGUUGCAGGCGGGCGUAACGCUUUCAGCACAUCGUGGUGUUUCAGCUGUUUCUUCCUGGGUGAGCUGGCGGAGCGAAGGCUCGAUGAUGCCGUUCUGCAGGCGGAGCCCCGAGUGCAGGCGCUCUCAGUGGAAGAGGGGCAUGUGAGUGGGACAGGGACAGCUGCUGAGCCUGGCCCCGGCGCUUCAGUCCCAGACGCGGACCUCCAAUGUCACACACACCAGAGCUUUUCAAGUGCGAUGGGGACACCAUGCAUGUUCUGUGAGCAGAGAGACAUACCAGCCUAGCCUGCCCCACGGACCCUCCAUCUGCAUUUCCCGCUCUUAUCAGAUGUGUGACUUGAAUAUAUUUACUCUCAUGCUCUGGGUUGCCUUUUUAUUCUGGCCAUGGUCUUUUUGUUGCACAAAAGUUGUUAAUUUCUAUGAAGUCCAGUUUGUGUAUUUUUUCUGUAUGAAAUACAUUUUUUCUGGACUAUGAAGUCCAGUUUGUGUAUUUUUUGUGUAUUGUCUUAUGUGGACUGAAGCAUAAAGCCUGACCCAGUUUUAUUCCCAAAAUCACAUGGCCCGUUCUGCCCAAGACAUUCUAGGAACACAUUGUCCAUCUCCUUGAACAAUGUGACCAAGUGGCCAUUGAAGAAGAAGAGACAGCGUCACCAUUGAAAUUGACCCUGUGGCUAUUGGUAAAACCAUUGGGCAGCUGGCCAUGCCUUGGGGCACCUAAUGACCAAACUGGUCACAAGGUCUGGCUCCCAUCACAAUCAGACCAGGCAUGAGAAAAGAGGGAUUUCCUUCUGUCCUCAGGACAAUAAGGAGCCAUUUCAAAAGUCCAAUCAGUGGGACUCUUUCAUUCUUUGUCUUGGGCCGGGCCGUCAGUGUGAUCACUUCUGCGUGUGAUCACUUGGGUGUCAUAUCCAAGAGACCACUGUCCAAUAGUGUCCCGAGGCUUUUUUGCCUUGUGCUAUUCUAAGCAUUUUGUAUUUUCAGCUCAUAUAUUUAGGUCUUUAAUCCAUUUAGAGUAAAUUUUUAAAUAUGGUGUUAGGUUAGGGUCCAGCUUCAUUCUUUUACAUGCAGAGGGCCAGCUUUCCCAGAACUGUUUACUGAGAAAACUGCCUUUAUGCCAGUGCUGUAUUGUUGUGAUUACUGGUGGUUUGUAGUGAGUUUUGAAAUCAGGAGGCAUGAGUCCUUCAACUUUGUUCUUUUUCAAGGUUGUUUUGUCUGCUUGGGAUCCCUUAAAAUUCCGUAUGAAUUUUAGGAUGGAUUUUUCUGCUUCUGUAAAAACAUUAUUGGGGUUUUGAGGGACUCCAUUGAAUCCUGGAGUGCUUUAAGUAGUAUUGACAUCUUUAAAAUACUGAGUUUUAUAUUCCAUGUACGUGGGCUGCUUUUGUAUUUAUGUCUUUACUUUCAGCCAUGUUUCAUUGUAUGUCUUUCAUCUCCUUGGUUAAUUCCUAAGUAUUUUAUUGUUUUUGAUUUUAUUGUAAAUGGAAAUUUAAUUUAAAAAAUUC